GCUGUGGGUUCCCAGUAAGCUGCUGACUGCCCUAGACCGUGUGUACGACAAGGCCUCGUCGCCUAAGGAUGUUUCUCCUGGGAACUAUCCACAGCGUAGGGCGUCAGAGUCCUCUUCUCCGGCAUCACGACACUAAAAUAUACCGGGACGGAUUCACUCGGAGCCUGCUUUCAGCUACACAGUAAACCCUCGCCUCUUCUUUUGGCCGUCCAGAAUCCUUUCUCACGCGAACCCUGGUGGUUUUGCCUUCGUGGGCCAAGAGCAACCAUCAGCAUUCAACAAUCAGUGCCCGCUGCUUGGCUCGUCAAUGCCGCACCUUAGAGCAGUGUACACCUUUAUUCUCGCCACUUCUCCGUAAUAUCCAAUAGUAAUAAUUAUUAUUUUCUGACCUCGCUCACACACUGUAAGAAUUAGUAUUCUUGUCAGAAGAGAGGAAUAAUGCAUUCAAACCAGCGCCUCUGCCCUCCUUCCACGAGUCAGGUGCCAGGAACAUAGCAUGACAACACCAGCCCCUUGGGGCUUACGGCUUGGCGCAGCUUUUCUUGGAUCCAGUCAACGGGCUCGAAUCAGCCUAUCCGUUCCUCCAUCAAGGGGCCUCAGGGCACCUCGGGACGCCAUCUCGUCAACAAAUACGGAGUAAGGCAUGCAGAAAUGCCGUCGACCGUGCGGCCAGCUGGAUUUGCCUGCUGUGCCUGGAGGGGGGGCAAGGAUGUCAAGCAUGGCAGGGGGACUUUCUGCUGGAGGUUGGCUGCCCGGGGCUAUGAUAGGCGGGGCUCUGUUCUUGGUGGAACUGUUCCCUCUGAUGGCGCUCAUCCCUCUUACAUCGCAUGCUUGCGGGCUGGAGAGGGUUGUCCCACUUUCCCGAAUCCUCCAGUACGAUUUCUUAUCCGCCCUUUUUCUUGCGAUGUAUCGCCAUGGGUACGCUGAGGCCGCGCCAGAGAGAGUACCUUGGUCCCUCGUUGUAUGUACGUCUUCAUUAGCGGAUACACGACCUUGGUGCCAAAAAAAAAAAAAGAGGGUAAAUUAUAUUCCACUGAUAUUAGUUUUGGCUAACCAUGGCUAUCAGUUGGGCUUCGACCCUCUCCUGGGACUCCUCCGGAGUUUCUUCCUUAUUAUAUUGGCAUGGUCCCCCUUGGAUUUGAUUUUUGGAACCUUGAUGGCUCUCCUUCCUUUCGUUUAGCACUGCAUAUUUUGUACUUCAUUAUUUUCUAUAUGAAGUAGAUUCUCCAUAUCAUUUUCCUUUUUUUCUUCUAUUUAAACAAUCAUUGCAGAUGCGCGGGAACUUUAUACCUCGGAGCCAUUGAUUCCUUUCGCCUGCCCCUCCUUCAUCGUCUUGAGCCUCCAGAAUUCGUAUAGCCUCCGGGCUAUGACGAUUGGGGAUAAUCCCGCCGUAUACCUAUCGCAUACUACCGGUGGCCGCUUCCGAUGCGUUCAAGGAGGAUAUGAGAUUGUUUAGGUCCUCAGGGCAGUUUUAAACGAAAAGGAACCACCAUCACCACCAUCAACGCGCGGACAACGACAGAUAUGACCGACACUUCGAGUACACAUGGCCUUUGCCCGGCCCCGUUCAUGCAGGAAGACCUCUUCCCGUCUAUUGGCGGAUUUGUUACUGGUAGAUGGUGCGAGCAAAUCCCACUCGGAGCGAAUGGAAAUACGUCCUGCUGCCUUCCAUGCCCUCAUGCAGCCUGGAGAUACCCUAACAACUUCAUAAAUAAAACCGGAGUUGCAAAUUGGAUUGCCGUGGCAAUCUUCACCUUGAACUGCCUGCUGUUGAUUAGCUUUGCAGCAUUACCAGUGAAAUGGACGCAUCGUCACUAUUUAAGUGUGUGUCUGACGGUUGGGAUUGUAUUUAUGGAGCUCUCGUUUAUUGUCCCUUUGAUCGCCAAACCAGACGAAUGUUUUAACGCGAUAACCCCCAACGAUAUGAAGUCGGAUUUAGCGUGCGCGUUCUCAGGCUCCUUUAUAAUAUUUGGUGGCUGGGCCGUCAUUGUGUGGAGCUUCUGUCGCGCUCUAUCACUGCACCUACAGAUCUGCUGGGAUGUGGUGCCCGGAAAUCAUUUUUUUUUCACAACGCUGACAGUAGGUUGGAUAUUACCAGCGGUCGGCCUGGCCCUUGGCUUAGCCAUCACGGGGGUAUCCUAUCGAUUCGGCAGCAUAUGCCACAUUAAUCAUGACAACAGCCUGGCGGAUUUCUGGGGCCCAUUGAUGGGUUUAGCCGCCGCCGCGUUGGUGAUCCAAUUCGUGACAUUAGCAUAUUGCAUACACGUCUACAUCAAAUCACUCCUGGACAACAACCCGACUACUGAUAAUAGUUCAGUACGACCGUCCCACCCCGGAAGCGUCCGGACUGUAUCAGCUCGCCAAGCCUACCGUCGUGUGAGGAGGGUCAUUCAAUUGCAAUGGAGAGGCAUUGCAGUGGUCCUUACAAUUAUCGCAAAUGUCAUUUUUUUCACAAUCAUAUUCUUAUCCUUGGAUAAUAGUGCUCGAAGGACACCAGAACUAGCGAAGAAAUCUGAACCCUGGAUUUUUUGCCUGGUAUUGUCCAAAGGAGAUAAGAAUAAAUGCGCACACUUGGCCUCAAGUCUGGGACCCAAUGAAGCAUCCAUCUUCGCCGUCCUAGUCUUAUUGUCUCUUAGUGGGAUAUGGACCAUUUUUUUCCUCGGUCGGUAUUCCAUGAUUCUCGGCUGGAUAGACCUUGUCAAACGAAAACUGAUGCGCAGCGGAGAAUUCGUCUCCGUAGAUGCUCGGGGCGGGGCUUCUACGCGCGAUUAUGAGAUGAUCAACCCGCCCCGGAAGGAGGCGGUUAAGACCCCUGAACCUCUACUUUCUUCAAGUCCCUCGGUUCUUUCGAUGUCUACUGUUCGAUUCUCCACAGGAAAAGGGGAAUCAGAAGUCUAUGCUCCCGAAGUGAGAUAUACCAGUCCCGCACUGAGUUUUUCGACGCCUCGACCCCCGAGCGCUUCACAAAACCACAAUAACCACGGUCGCUACACGGGCAGUCGCGAUUGGAAUCCACAGACAUCAUUUGCUCAGGGAAACCCGCAGGGCUCAUACUGGUAUGGAGAUAGCAACCAUUGAUGUCCUCCUCACAAUUCUAUUUUGGGAACUAAAGCAGAAGGACAAGGCAAGAAGCUCUACUCUCACCAACCACUAUUCGUGUACAAACUUAUUUAUAACCCCUUUAUUUACUUGGCAUGUGGAUUUGCCCCUGCCUAUUGAUACCUGGCCGUGCUCUCUCUCCUCCCCUUGCGCCUUAAUUUUCCUCUGUGUGUGCGCGAAUUCAUGUGUACGCAUUAAGAACAGGAUUCAUGUCCAACGUCUAUCAGCUUUAACUUAGUUUCCUUACACCCACCUCAACUUGAUACACCCUCAGAGCCUAAUACGUCUUGUCCACGUUCAAUCAUUGUUUAAAUUUCAGUGUGCUGUCCUUAUCGCCCUUCCCCAGUGUGUUGACUUCCUUUAGGGCUAUCCCUUCUUCAAAGUCUCGUUUGCUCUAUUAUAUUUCUCGCUCAUCACUUUCGAUUUUGUACUGUACAUGUACGUAUUGGCCACCCUUACAUGCAGAGCCUUUUAUGGCGAUCAAAGAGACAAGAAGGGGCCAAAGGUGGGAAACAACGAAAAAGCACCUGCGAAAGUUUUUGGAAAUGGGCUACUUACCCAAGGGUAAUCAGAGGUGCCCUAAUCUGUUGACAAAUGCCUUUUUUUGUUUAUCUUGAUUUGUUGGUCUAAUGUUUCUUUUCUGGGGCUGUAUAAGCAUGGCGUAUGGCGGCAUGGAAACAGUGUUUUUGGUCCCCCUAUUUAUGUGAUUUCCUUGUUCUGUCUUUUUGAUUAUUGACUAUUUUUGGAUGGGAAUGGGCGUUGGAUUUUAUUUCAUUUUCAUUUUUGUUUCCCGUUUUCCCUGGCAUUUGACCUGCUGCCGCUGUGACGAAACGACAAAGAGAGCCAGGCAAGGGGUCAGCUAAUUACUCACUCCUGUAUAACGCGUUCGAAAAUCUGUCAGGGACAAGAAAUUACCAACAAACUACUCGUCAUUAGUAAUUUCUACUAUCUAAUUAAUUUUUAGAAAAUAAAUUAGUUAAAAUAAGGGCCUGUUCGGUGACCCCGUCCAGGGCCGUAUAAGUCCGUACAGUGCCAGCUUGUACAGCCCUGGACGGCUCUGGCCGGGGUUAUACAUGCUAACCUGGCCGGAUAAGGCCUUCUGUUCGGUAGAUUCUGUAUAUAACUCUGUACAACUCGC